UAAAUUACGUUGAUAAAAAGUCAAUAAGAAUUAUUUUUCGCAAGUGAUUAAUACAGUAAAACAAUAACAGAAAGAAAACCUAACUGAUGCAAUUGGAAAAUAUUUUACGUGUUUAAAAACUAUAUAAAAAUUUUAUACAUACAUUUGUGCAUGCACUAAGAAUAUUGUUAAUUGUGAAACUAUUACAAGUGUUUAUUAUUAUUGUGUUGAAAAAAAACAAAUAAUUACCAUAAAAAAACGUGAGAGAAAAAUAUAGAAAAAUGGAAAUAAUUUAAUAUAAAAUGUGUAAAUUUUAAAGAUUUUUAGCCAUAAAGCUCUGCAGAGGAAAUUGAUAAGAACUACACAAUCAUCAGUAAUUUGUUAACAACGCAAUAAGCAGUCAAAUAUAUUUUUAGUAUAAUGGAUAUGGAUCCAUCAUUAGAUAUGGAUCUCAUGUCCAGUGGCAUGGUGGAUUCAUUGGAUCUGUUUAAAGAUGAAGAUGCCUUAACAAUUAUUAAGGAAAUGAUAUCACCAGAUAUGUUGAAAAACUUUUUAGAUGACAUUGAUCAACUACCAGACGAUCUUCUCAACACAUUGGACUGUCCCAUGGAUGGCAGUCAAGGUGCCGUAAAGUCCGAACAUUUAGCCCCUGAAAUGCAUAUAAAACAAGAAUCCCAUACACCCAUGCAUUUGUCACCUCAACGACCCGCCAUGCAAUCACCAUCAUAUAAACCUUUAAUGGCCUCCGACCCGCUGAUGGCGUCAAAUUUUAGUCCCAUUCCACCCAUGUCAAGUCCCUCAUCAUCGGCCACAAUGAUACCAACAGCAGCACCGUUGCAACAAAAGCCCCUAACAAAUGCUAUGGUCUUAAACAGGCAACAUUUAACUCAACAACAGCAGCAGCAGCAACAGCAACAUUCAAACAAUACGUUACAAUCCAUGGACACUAGUAGCAUACUGAAUGGAACGGGUAAUAUUAUUUUGCAAAGUAACAAUACAGCAGCUGGCCCCCUACAAUUAAGUCAUUUGGAUAUAAACAAUCAGACAAUAGCAUUGACUCAAGUCACCAGUGCGCCUAUGUCAACAAUACCCUCAAUUUUAUAUGCCACCACAACUAACGCUUCAGGCAAUAGUAGCAACAAUAGCAAUGCCUUCAUCUUACAAGCAGCAACUCCACAAAAUACCAGCAAUUUAUUAAAUAUUGGCUCAACACCCGAGAAAAAAGUACAAAUUUCCACAAAUCCCACAAAUGUUGCAGCAGCAACAUCAACCACACAAUACAAAAAGAUACAAUCUAUGCCACAAGUGUUGACGGUACAAAGUAUAGGACAAGUGGCAGCAAAUAAUAAUAAUGCAGACAAACAGCAACAGCAACAUAUAUUACCCACACAAACCACUAUCAAGUACACCACCCAAACGGCUUCGCCUCAUCAUCAUCAACAACAAACAUCAGGCACGGCACAAAACCCACAGCAACAACCACAGGUCAUUAUACAAGCAAAUCCAGCUGUCAUGUACACUACCGCUAAUGGUACGGCUAUUUUAACAUCCCACAUACCUGUUGUCUUGGAGCCAGUAAACGCCUCAAAUGCAGCAGCUGCCAUAGCAUCCAGCCCCAUCACUACUACACCACUACCAGCUGCAUCCUCUUCUUCUAUAUACUCCAUCUCGCCCAUGUCAUCGCCCAGCCACAGUAGCCAGGAUAAUUCACAAAUGUGCCUCUCUCGUGGCCCACCUAAGGUCAAGGAAGUCAAACGCUCCGCCCAUAAUGCCAUUGAACGUCGUUAUCGCACCUCCAUCAAUGACAAGAUUACCGAACUAAAAAACAUGGUGGUUGGCGAAGCGGCAAAAUUGAACAAAUCCGCUGUACUACGUAAAUCGGUGGACAAAAUCCGAGAUUUGCAGCGACAAAACUAUGAACUGAAAAUGGAAGUGCAACGUUUGCAAAGUGAACUAAUGUCGCGUGAUGGUUCUAAGGUUCAGGAUCUGUUACAAUCCACGUCACGUGGCAAGAAACGUAAGCCUUCUUCCAAUGAGGACAUUAUCAUCUAUGGCAAAGAACAAUCCCUAAUGACACCGCCACGCAGUGAUGUUUCAGACCCCUCAUUAUCACCGCCGCAUUCGGAUAUUUCACUACCACCUUCACCCUAUGACGGUUCCAGCUCUUCGUCCAGCAUUAAAGAUGGUGAUUUGGAUAUAUUGCCCAAGUCCAUGCAAGGCAUGGCCGCUCACUCACGUUUAGCCUUGUGCAUGUUUAUGUUUGCUAUUAUAGCUAUAAAUCCAUUUAAAAACUUUCUGGGCGGCUACGAUACGGCCAGCAGUUAUCUAUACGAUGACGACGAUUUGGUGGGCCAAAGGAAAAUAUUGUCAAUUGAGGAGGAUACUUCUAGUGGUUAUAGUUGGGAGUCUUCAGCGUCUUCUAUUAUGUUAUGGAGUAUGAAUAUUUUAGUUAUGCUGAUGUGUAUGGUCAAAGUUUUGGUAUAUGGCGAUCCUUUGUUGGGUUCGGAGACGCCGGCAUCUGAUACGUAUUGGAAACAUAAGAAAAUGGCGGAACAUUAUUUUGCAACGGGAAAUUCCCGAAAUGCCUACAACGAGUAUCUGCGUUGCCUACAAAUCUUUGGCAUUUCUUUACCAACUACACGUUUAGAAUCCUUUUCGGUGACCACUUGGCAAUUUAUACGUUUAUUCUUUCAUCGUAUUUGGCUGGGUCGUAUGCUGUCACGCAAAGCCGGUGGUCUGUUUUGCGGUGAAGAGCAGCGCAAGGAAGCUUUAGCUUCUGCCCGAGAAUUGGCUUUGAUAUUCAAUCGUUUAAAUCAACUACACUUGACUUCGAAAAUAAACGAUUCUCAUGGUUUGGUCAUGUCGCUGUACGCCAUCAAUAUGACCGAAGUAGCCGCUUCGCUAUUGACACCUCACGAAUUGGCCAGCAUAUUUAUCACUUCAGCUCUGAGAGUGAAACGCAGUUAUCCCCGGUAUUUAAAAUUCUUUGGUCGCUAUUUCAUAAGUCGGGCGAAAAAUGAAAAUAGCAAGAUACACGAACAAACCAAAGACACGCACUGGCUGUUCACCUCCUAUGGCUAUCGUUAUUUUAUUACACAUAAUUUUGAUUUUGUGGAAAAUGAAAAGGAAAAUCCCGACACUAACACACUAUUUGCAACACUUAGCAAUCCGGCCGAUCCCAUGUCGUAUGUGGUCAAACAUUAUCGUGAACAUUUACUAACCAAAGCCAUACAAUGUCUUUUGGGUUCGGGCAGUCAUAAGUCGCAUGCAGGCAAACAUAAAACAGCAGAUUCGAAUACAACAGCAGCACCACCCGGCACUAUGGUCAGUAAUGUUUUGAAAUAUACCUCGUUGUUGUGUGAUACCUUGUCGGAGGAUAAUAACGAUAUAAAUAUUGCAUGGUGGACAACUGUUUUGGAGAUAGCUGUACACUGGCUGCUGGGAGAGGAUACAUUGGCUGAAAAUCUUUUGGAAACAGUGAAAAUAUUACCCAAACAAUUGUCGGCCAGUGGAGAUCAUUUGCCCAAAGCUUUGCAUACGAUAUUGAAGGCAAAAACCAUAUUGAUUAGCUUCAAUGGUAAUGUUUUGGAAGGUCGCGACAAACAAACUUUAAUGAAUAUAUGUGAUGAAUCCAGUGCUUAUUUACAAGAAUGCCUGACCGUAAAUAAAAUAACAAAUACCAAGGGCAUUAAAUUGCUUUUCCAAUUGCUGACGUGUGAUUGGAUACUAGAGACACGUACCCAAAUUUGGGAGGCAGAAUAUAUGUGUAUGGAUGAUGAUGGUUAUUAUCAAGUGCCCGGUGAUGUUUUGGAAAAGUUUCAAAAGGAUUUAAAUUCCCUAAGAAGCAUAGUAGAGGAUAUACCAAGUGGCCAGUCCCGUAUUUAUUUAUACGAGGCCGUAUGUCGUUUAAUGGCUGGUGCCUCUCCCGGCCCCACGCAACAGCUGUUGGAUCGUAGUUUGCACUUUAAACAUGCCAGAUCCUCGAUUAUAUGUGGCGGCAAAGAUAAAAAUCACAAUUUCGAGGGGGGUGAACGUGAACGCGCUGCUGCCAUGUAUGUGGCUUGCAAAUAUUUGCCCUCGGCUUUGUUGUGUUCACCGGGCGAACGUGCUGGCAUGUUGGCCGAAGCGGCCAAAACAUUAGAGCGUGUUGGUGAUAAACGCAAACUCAAAGAAUGUUAUCAGUUAAUGAAAUCGCUGGGCAGUGGUUCUGCUGUUACUAAUUAAAGACUUUUCUAUUUUUAAUUUUACUACCUAACAUAUAAAAACUUGUUUCUGCUUUUUGUUUAUUUUUUACUUUUUAGCAAUAUUAUUAUUUCAUAUUAAUUAUUUUUUUUAAACAUAAUUGGUUUUCUAUGGUGUGUAAUUAAUUGGCGUCUAACUAAAUUUUGAAUUCAAUGAGUUAACACAAGGGCAACGACACGGUUUGGUACGCUGGUCCUGGGUUUGGUUAUCGGCCGAAAAAAAAAAACAAUUUAUCACUUCAAAAUAAAUCAAAUUAUAAUAAUCAAAAUUGUACAAAUUAUAAAUUGGUUUCAAAAUUAUUGAUUUUUUUUUCAUAUUCAAUUGCUUAUUUGGAUUAUUAUCUGUUUUUAUUUGCUAUAAAUUUCAUUGCAAAGCAUUUCUAACGAAACUGUGCAGCUGCUGUUUUAUUUUAUUGCUUUAAUUUUAUAUUUAUUUUAUAAAAAAAACCAACGUUUGAAUAUAUCUUAUUAAAAAUCUAUUAUUGCUUGUUAUUUACAUCUAAUUAUAAUAAAAUAUUUAGUUUUGAAAAUAAAAAUACACCCAUAAAUAUACAUAUAUAUAAGAAAGUA